AUGAGAGUCUCAACCAUCAUCUCCAUCGCCAGCUUGGUGGCUGCCUCCUUUGCUGCUCCAGCGAUCCAGCGAGACGAAAAGCGUGGUUUUGUGACCGAUGACCUUGAUCCUCGAUCUUUUGUCACCGAGGAUAAGAGGAGCUUUGUGACGGAGCCCGAGAAGCGAGGGUUCGUAACCGAGGACAAGCGAAGCUUUGUUACCGAGCCUGAGAAACGUUCAUUCAUCACCGAACCACACAAGAGAGGUUUUGUUACUGAGAAGAGAAGCUUCGUGACCGAGCCAGAGAAGCGCAAUUUCGUCACCGACAAGAGGGGCUUCGUGACCGAAGACAAACGCAGCUUUGUUACGGAGCCCGAGAAGAGAGGCUUUGUCACCGAGGACAAGCGCUCUUUCGUCACCGAGCCUGAGAAACGAGGGUUUGUGACGGAGGACAAGCGCUCCUUUGUCACUGAGCCGGAGAAGAGGGCUUUUGUGACUGAAGAGAAGCGGUCUUUUGUUACAGAGCCUGAGAAGAGAGGAUUCGUGACGGAGGAGAAGCGGGGGUUUGUGACUGAGCCGGAAAAGAGAUCGUUCAUCACGGAGCGUGGCUUCGUCACUGAACCGGAGAAGAGGUCCUUCAUUACUGAGAAGAGGGGUUUUGUUACUGAACCCGAGAAGAGGGGCUUCGUCACCGAAGACAAGCGUAGCUUCGUUACGGAGCCCGAGAAGAGAGGCUUUGUUACCGAGGACAAGCGAUCUUUCGUCACCGAGGACAAGCGAAGCUUCGUUACCGAUGACAUCGAGAAACGUGGCUUCAUGACUGAGGAAGACAUGGACUAA